AUGGGAUAUUGGAUCGAUGGGAUCCUGGCCACAGCAAAGAAAAACUCUGUCAAGCGGCGCUACAUCUGCGAGAAGGCCGCCGCCGCCGCCGCCGCCACCGCCGCCGCCCAAUGGGUCACUGUUUCCCCAUUGAACAGUGGGCCAGAUGGGGCAGCCAGGGAGGCAGAUCUGGCCGAAGGACAGAAGCAGCGGCAGAUGCUCCUGGGACGCAAGCCCUGCGUUUCCCUGGUGCGCCAUUGUGUGCCCCCGCUUAGGCCAAGAGCCCCCGAGAAGACCCCGCAGGAAGGAAUUGAAGAGCAAGGGGAGGUCGCCUACGAAAAUGUUGAGGGUCCCAGGCCCUUGGAAGGACAGGAGAACCCCAAGGAGAGCAGAGGAUCUGAGCCGUGGGUCAAGAGGACCACCGUCCUGGGCCUUCUGGCCGCCUGCCUCUUCCUCCUGGCCACCGCCGUGGGACUCGGGGUCCGGUAUGGACAGGUCUUUGGUCAGCUCCAGCGGGCAUCCCAAGACUACGCUGACCACACCAGCAUCCUGGCGCAGAGAGUCAGCACCCAGGACCAGAGCCUGGUGGUGAUGGAUGUCCAGCUGCACCAGGCCACGAUGGAGCUCAAUGCCACCCAAGUGGCCCUUCAGAAGAGCCUAGUGGUCACAGAAAGGACCCAGAAGCAUCUGGAGAAGGUGGAGGACCAGUUGAGGGAUGCCAACCACAGCCUAGAGGCCUUGAAGUGGGAGACGGAGCGAAUGGAGGCAGAAUUGCGCCAGGCUGUGUCCUGCCAGAUUGGCUGCUGCCCCCAAGGAUGGCGAUUCUUCCGUUGGAAAUGCCUCUGGGUUUCAGAAGAGGAGAAGUUCUGGAUGGAGAGCCAGGCGUCCUGCGAACGGAGAGCCUCUCGGCUGCUUAUCCUGAAGGAGCCCUGGGGCGCAAGGGAGAUUUGGGAGACGGUUUUGGAGGAGAUGAAGGAGGAGGAGGAGGAGGCAGAGUUAGGCAUAGAGGGAUGGAGGCUGGGGCAGAGUUCUUUGCGGUCAAAGGAAUACUGGAUUGGACUUCAUGAAACCAGUACUACUGGGAGGAACGACUGGGUUUUCACUUGGGUUGACGGGUCACACUAUGAAGGAUCCGAGGUACGUCCUGACAGGACUUAUUUCCAAUAUGGGAUAUUGAUCGAUGGGUUCCUGGCCACAGCAAAGAAGAACUCUGUCAAGCGGCGCUACGUCUGCGAGAAGGCCGCCGCCGCUGCCGCCGCCGCCGCCAAUGGGUCACUGUUUCCCCAUUGAACAGGAAACCAGAACUUUAACCGGAAUUACAGACCUGGAGCUGACUGGAAAGGAAACUUCAUUUAUUGAGCUGCAGCUCGUCCCCAGAAGGAAAUAGAUCCAAAUUACUGGGGGCCCAGAUUUCCAAAGUGAACCAAGCUUUUAUAGUACGUUGAACAAAGAAAACUACAAAUCACAUUUCAUCGGUUAUGUAUGAAUUUAAACAUAUACCUAUUGGUAUAUUUAAACAUAUACUUUGUCCUUAUUGGCUGGUCAUUUGUAUGUCUGACCCUCUGGGGAUACCCAUCAAUCAAA